ACAGUUAAUGAUUAGCUGUGCCCUCUUCCAAGGCUGCAGGGACUUCUGAGCUGUCUGCUCAGGAGGAAGUACACAGAGGGCUCUCCAAAGAGACCUUCUGAAAGGACUUGGCAGGAAGUAGGAGAGGAGGCACCAGCGUCUGGGACUUGCGUGUUCUAACUGCUGUUACCUAGAAAACAGGGAAGGUUCAAACAUGCUUUGGCUGCAGAAAUUCCAGAGGCUUUGCAUCUUAUGGGGGAGUCGGAUACCCAAACGUACUGUCCACGUUCAUACAAGGCAACUGGCAUCCCUGCAGUGGGGCUACCAGGAAGUUCCUCCCAAAUUUAACUUUGCUAGUGAUGUGCUGGAUCACUGGGCUGACAUGGAGAAGGCUGGAAAGCGACACCCUGGCCCAGCCCUGUGGUGGGUGAAUGGCGAUGGGGAUGAAGUGAAGUGGAACUUUAGUCAACUGAGUGAACUUAGCCAGCAAACAGCCAACGUCUUCUCAGGGCCAUGUGGCCUGCAGCGUGGGGACCGGGUGGCCGUGGUGCUUCCCCGAGUGCCUGAGUGGUGGCUGGUGAUCCUCGGCUGCAUGCGAGCAGGCCUCGUCCUCAUACCCGGAUCUAUCCAGCUGAAACCCAAAGACAUUCUCUAUAGGCUGCAGGUGUCUAACACCAGGGGCAUCGUGGCUGGGGACGAAGUGGCCCAGGCAGUGGACACCGUGGCCCCUGACUGCCCUGCUCUGAAAACAAAGAUACUGGUGUCUGCGAAAAGCCGGGAAGGGUGGCUGGACUUCAAGACGCUACUACGGCAUGCACUCACUUACACGUGUUUCCCCUUCGUUCUCAGAAUUUGGACAGGCCUGCAGGCCUCGGACAUAAUGUGGGCCAUAUUAGACACAGGUUGGAUACUGAACUUCUUGGCCUCCUUGCUGGAACCUUGGACAUUGGGAGCAUGCACAUUUAUCCAUUUAUUGCCGAAGGUUGACCCACAGGUCAUUCUAAAGGUGCUGUCCACCUAUCCAAUCAACAACAUGCUAGGCGCACCCCUUAUUUACCGGAUGUUGCUGCUACAGGACCUUUCCAGCUACAAGUUCCCACAUCUGCAGCACUGCUUCAGCGGAGGGGAGAGCCUCCUUCCAGAAACUCUGGAGAACUGGAAAGCCCAGACAGGACUGGACAUCCGAGAAUUCUAUGGCCAGACAGAAACGGGACUCACUUGCAGAGUUUCCAAGACCACAAAAGUCAAACCUGGCUGCAUGGGAACCGCAAUUCCCCAUUAUGAUUUGCAGGUCAUAGAUGACAAGGGUAACGUCCUGCCUCCUGGUACAGAAGGUGACUUGGGCAUCAGGGUCAAACCCAUCACGCCUAUAGGCAUCUUCUCUGGCUAUGUGGACAAUCUUGAGAAGACAGUAGCCAACAUUAGAGGGGACUUUUGGCUGCUGGGGGACCAGGGAAUCAAGGAUCAAGAUGGAUAUUUCUACUUCGUGGGGCGGGCAGAUGAUAUCAUUAACUCCAGCGGGUACCGGAUUGGGCCCUCAGAAGUGGAGAAUGCCUUGAUGGAUCACCCUGCUGUGGUUGAGGCAGCUGCAGUGAGCAGCCCGGACCCCUUCCGAGGAGAGGUAGUGAAGGCAUUUGUGGUCCUGGCCCCACAGUUCCUGUCCCAUGACCCGGACCAGCUCACCAAGGAGCUGCAGCAGCAUGUGAAGUCGGUGACAGCCCCGUACAAGUACCCAAGGAAGAUGGAGUUCGUCUUGCACCUGCCUAAAACCAUCACAGGGAAGAUAAACCGGGCGAAGCUUCGCAACGUGGAGUGGAAGAAGUCUGGGCAAGCUGGGGCCCAGUGAGACCUGCAGGAAGUUUUACUUUGGGUCCUUUCCUUCUUCCCAUUUCAUUUUCCUUUGGAUCAUCUGCCUUCCUCUAAGGAUAUCAGAUUCUUUAUGACAAGACGUGAUCUAAUUUUUGUCUUUCUUAGUUAUUAUUUCAAAAUCUUGCCAUGUUAGGUAUUGAGAAAAGAAAAAGAGGGAAAGAAUGAGUGAGAAGAAAGGAGAGAAGAGAGAAAAAAGAAAGAAAAAUGAGAGAU